AUGGGUAAUGGUGUGAGAGAAGGUCCAGUGGAUUUCAAACAGCAGGAUGUGGAGCCAGUUCCAUCAGCCCAUCUUCCCCCAGAGGAUAACCAGGAGAAUAAGAAGGUACUCAACUCCCUGAUGUCUGGGGCAUUGGCUGGUGCUGUUGCUAAAACUGCAGUAGCUCCACUGGAUAGGACAAAAAUCAUGUUUCAAGUGUCUUCAAAAAGAUUUUCUGCCAAGGAAGCCUACAGGCUGAUCUAUCGCACCUACCUCAACGAGGGCUUCUGGAGCCUGUGGAGAGGGAACUCAGCCACCAUGGUCCGGGUCAUCCCCUAUGCUGCCAUCCAGUUCUGUGCCCACGAGGAGUACAAGCAGCUCCUGGGGAGUUACUACGGCUUCCAGGGAAAAGCACUGACACCCUUUCCCCGGUUCAUUGCUGGCUCUCUGGCAGGCACCACAGCUGCCAUCCUCACCUACCCCCUGGACAUGGUCCGUGCUCGAAUGGCUGUCACACCCAAGGAGAUGUACAGCAGUAUUGUUCAUGUCUUCAUCCGGAUAUCCCGAGAGGAAGGAUUGAAGACAUUGUAUAGAGGGUUUACACCAACCAUCCUUGGAGUGAUUCCAUACGCUGGGCUCAGCUUCUUCACCUACGAGACACUGAAGAAAAUACAUGCAGAUCACAGUGGGAAAUUGCAGCCAUCCCCUCCGGAGAGGCUUUUGUUUGGUGCCUGUGCAGGCUUGAUUGGCCAGUCAGCUUCUUACCCCCUGGACGUGGUUCGCCGACGGAUGCAGACGGCGGGGGUCAUGGGACACACAUACAGUUCCAUCCUUCUCACCAUGCAGGAGAUUAUCAGAGAAGAGGGACUAAUCCGAGGCUUGUACAAAGGACUCAGCAUGAACUGGGUCAAAGGUCCAAUUGCAGUGGGAAUAAGCUUCACAACCUUUGACCUGACGCAGAUCCUUCUCCGUAAAUUACAGCACAGCACUAAUGUUGAAAGGUAGUAGCUUAAUCCCCACAGCCCUUGCUGGGGAAAAGUGCAACACGUGUAGAAACAGCAAUGCUAGUGUCCCCUCACUUUGUACCUGCUCUCC